AUAAACAAGUCUCAAAAACAACAGCGGAAGUAGGGAAUGAGUUCAUGCUCGAGAUUUGUGCUGUAUGUCAUAUAAAAGCGGCAGAGUUUGGAAGAUGAACAGUCUCUCUCCAGAGGUGGCAUUGAGCCGUAUUUCUCCUGAGCUGCGGCCUUUACUCUGCUCUGUGGUGCGCAAUGGACGGGUUGGUUUAGACUCAUCCAGCUGUCUCCGGAUCACUGACCUCAAAAGUGGCUGCACAUCACUAGUGCCUGGUCCAUGCUGUGACAGAUUCAAACUUCAUAUUCCAUAUGCUGGAGAGACUCUCAAAUGGGACAUUAUCUUCAAUGCCAAAGACCCAGAACUGCCCCCAGACUUUAUCUUCGGAGAGGAUGCUGACUUCCUGCCUGAACCAUCAGAACUCCCGCACUUGGUGUCAUGGGAUGCGGGUAAACCGGAGUGUCUCCUGCAGCUGGUGAAAGAGCUGUUGCAGCAGUACCAUCAGUACCAGUGCCAGCGGCUUCGUGACAGCUCCCGCCUGCUCUUCGAAUAUGACAGCCUGCUGGAAGACCCCAACUAUGGGCGCAGUAUGGAGAUCUACGCUGGCCUCAAGAACAGCUGGACGGGGGAGUUUUCUGCUCGAUUCCUUCUCAAACUCCCUGUGGAUUUUAGCAACAUUCCCAUCUAUCUUCUCAAAAGCCGAAAUGAUGGUAAACAUACGGAAAAUAGCAACCAUCAUCAGCAUCACCAUCUCAGCGUUCAGUCCCUCAGCAGUACACUACACUCAUGCAUUGACAUGUACAGUUCACUCCCAGUGGACCAUAAUGCACUGAAACUCACUUUAGACACAGGUUAGUGGCCGUCUAUAAGGUCACCACUGUGGGGGUCAUUAUUCCCAGCU